AUGCUGAGGGUGUCAAUGGUCCUACUGAAGAGGCAGCUGAUCCUGUGGGUGUGGGUGUCCAGUGCUCUAGUAGUCUAUUCCCUGCCAUGGCGGGUCUCCUGCCCGACAGGGUGUGUGUGUCAGAUGAAGCCCUGGUUCUCCCCCCAGUCAGUGUCCUGCGAGGCUUCUACUGUGGACUGUAACAACCUGUUCCUAACCCAACUCCCCUCUCCUCUGCCCCCAGACACACACACCCUCCGUCUGCAGAGUAACCUGCUGUCUGCCCUGGAGAUACCACUCUUACACACACUCCCCAACCUCACCGAGUUGGACCUGUCUCAGAACCGCUUCAGCUGUGUUAGAACCCUAACCUUAACCCAGCCCCAGGCUGCCUCCCUGCCCUCCCUACUCUCCUUGCACCUAGAGGAGAACCAGCUCUGGUUCCUGCCCCCUGCCUCCUUCUCCUCCCUGCCCGCCCUACAGGAGCUUUUCCUCAGCCACAACCGGCUGUUCUACCUGGCUCCUGGAGCAUUCUCCGGCCUGGGCUUCCUGCUGCGCCUGCACCUCAACAACAACUACCUGACCUCAAUUGAGCCCCGCUGGUUCACUCCCCUGCCCCGCCUCCAGGUGCUGAUGCUGGGGGGAAACCCAGUGGAGGUCCUCCCUGACCGGGGAUUCCAGGACCUGGGGUCUCUACACAGCCUGGUGCUGGGGGGCAUGGGGCUGAAGGGGCUGACUGAGAGGGCCCUGGAGGGGCUGGACAGUCUGGAGAGCCUGUCCUUCUAUGACAACCUCCUCACCACCGUCCCCACACAGGCUCUGAGGAGGAUCCCGGGCCUCAAGUUCCUGGACCUGAACAAGAACCCUCUGAGUGUGGUUCAGACAGGGGACUUCAGGGACCUGGUCCACCUGACAGAGCUGGGUCUGAACAACAUGGAGGAGCUGGUGGCCAUCGAGAGGGCAGCCAUGGAGAACCUGCCUGAGCUCACAAAGCUGGAGAUCACCAACAACCCCCGGCUGUCCUACAUCCACCCCCAGGCCUUCCUUCGGUUGGGCCGGCUAGAAAGUCUGAUGCUCAACUCCAACGCUCUGAGCGCUCUGCACCAACACACUGUCCUGUCUCUGCCCAGCCUGAGGGAGGUCAGCCUGUACUCCAACCCCCUCCGCUGUGACUGCCUGUUCCGUUGGGUGGCUAAGGAGCAACCUCACACAGAUACACAGAUGCCGCAGGCUGUAAGGUUUAUCCAGCCCCAGGCCACGUUGUGUUCUGAGCCUCCAGAGCUGAGGGCUCGUAGUGUGAGGGAGGUGUCAAUCACCGAGAUGUCAGCCUCCUGCCUACCCCUCAUCCCCCCUGGUAUCCUUCCUCACUACAUGGGGGUGAGAGAGGGGGAGAGGCUGGCUCUGCACUGUCGCGCACUGGCAGAGCCUCAGCCCACAAUCUAUUGGGUCACUCCUUCUGGAAUGAGACUAGGACCAUCCAGCUCCUCCACUGCCUACCGGCUACUGCCAGAGGGGACAUUGGAGAUUGUCAUGGUGACGGCCCAGGAGGCGGGUCUGUACACCUGUGUGGCUGAGAAUACACUGGGGGCCGACACUCACAGUGUGACUGUAGGGGUGCAGGGGCAAGGGAGGGGGGGUUUGAGGCACAGGAUGUUGGAGGGGAGAGGAUAG